UAUUUUUAAGGUUCAAAAACCUUAAAUUUGUCGAAUAUUCAUUUCAGAUAAUACAUUGGAAAAAGAUCAGUUACCCCCAAAUCCCAGAUUCUCUGUUCAGUUUAAGCUAGAGAAAUGGGAGGGGGGAUGAAGUCUUUUUUGGAAAAGGCGUUGCCUUUUGCGGCUAUGGUGAUGGUGGAAUGUGGUGAAGUUGGGAUGAUUACAUUAGGCAAAGCGGCCAUGAAUGACGGGCUAAGCAAUCUUGUAUAUGUUGUUUAUUAUAAUGCACUUGGUACCAUCAUUCUUCUUCCAAAUUUCGUCUUCCACAGCUGCAGAAAUAGAAGACCCCCUCUCACUUUAUCUGUCCUUUCUAAACUCUUCGGCCUUGGCCUUUUAGGGAUCUGUCUUCUGCAGGUAUGUGCAUAUGCGGGUAUCAACUAUAGCUCUCCAACUCUAGCGGCUGCAUUAGGCAACUUGAUUCCAGCUUUUACAUUCUUGUUCGCUAUAAUCUUCAGGAUUGAGAAGUUUGAUGUCAGAAAAUCAACAAGCCAAGCAAAAGCAUUAGGCACGAUCAUAGCUAUAACAGGAGCAUUCGUGAUGACUUUUUAUCAAGGUCCAGCUUUAUUCAAGACGAUUCUUGGUCAUGAUUCACACAAAAAUCUAGUUUCAUCACAACAAUCAAACUGGAUACUUGGGAGUUUACUUAUUGGAAUCACUUGCAUUUGCUCUGCAUCAUGGAAUGUUUUUCAGACGGCAACUGUAAAGGAGUACCCAGAUGAAGUUACUGUGGUUUUCUUGUUUUGCUGCUUUGGGACAAUCCAAUGUGCAAUUUUUACUCUCAUAUUAAAAGGAACUACUGAUAUUUGGAUUCUGGAAACUGGUACUGAGUGGGUGUCUAUUGUUUUUGCGGCAAUUACAGGUACUGCAAUUCGUAGCAGAGUUAUAACAUGGGUUCUAUGCAAAAAAGGCCCGGUUUAUGUGUCCAUGUUCAAACCCAUCUCUAUGGUGAUUGCAGUGAUUAUGGGGAUGAUGUUUCUUGGUGAUAUUCUACGUUUAGGCAGUGUAAUUGGAGCACUGAUAAUCGCUCUAGGAGUUUAUACAGUUUUAUGGGGACAAGCCAAAGAGCAUAGCUUGGCAAUAAACGAUGUUUCUAGACUCGAAUCAUCAACCGAAAACACCCCUCUCCUCCAUAAAUGAAGCAUCAAUCUUUCAUUAGUUUCUUAUUUUAUAUAUUCAUCUUUGAAACUUUUUGUUUUAAACUUUUAAUAUCAUCAUUGUAGUGUAUGUAGGUAACCUACAAUAAUGAUGUAAUUGAUGAUGUCAAUAAUUUUUAUUAUUAUCAUUAUACAA